CUCUCUCUCUCUCUCUCUCAGAGCCGUCUAAAGACCACAGUACUAUGUAUGUCACAAGUUCCAACCAUUUAUAUACCCCUUAAACCUCUCCCCUUUAAACCUCGCUAACAACUUUAUUCUUUGAAAUCCCACGACCCACUUUCUCUCUCUCAAAUUUUCAGAGCUAUGUGCCAGUUAGCUUCGCCUCGUGAUUCUUGCAAAAGCAAUUUAGACCAAUCAACCAGACUACACAAAUCUGACAUGUUAAUUCCUUUGGUCUCCGGGAAUCUAACAUCUCAACCAUCAGAAAAGACGACGACCCAUCUUUCUCUAGCAAUAAAUGAAGCAAAAUCCAUAGCAAACAUUGCUCUUCCAAUGAUUUUAACUGGUCUUCUUCUCUACUCUCGUUCUAUGAUCUCCAUGCUCUUUCUUGGUCGCCUUGGGGAGCUUGCUUUAGCCGGUGGCUCUCUGGCUAUCGGUUUUGCAAACAUCACCGGUUAUUCUAUUCUAUCUGGUCUUGCAAUGGGAAUGGAACCCAUCUGCGGCCAAGCUUUUGGUGCCAAAAGAUAUAAACUUCUUGGCCUCACCAUGCAAAGAACAAUUCUUUUGCUUAUCUUGAUUUCAUUGCCUAUAUCAUUUUUAUGGUUCAACAUGAAAAACAUUCUUCUCUUUUGUGGCCAGGAAGAUGGUAUAGCCACAGAAGCGCAAACCUACAUUCUUUUUUCUCUCCCUGAUCUUAUCUUGCAGUCUCUUUUACACCCUUUGCGUAUAUACCUUAGAACUCAAUCCAUAACUCUGCCUUUGACAUUCUGUGCAGCUCUUUCCAUUCUUUUCCAUAUACCCAUUAACUAUUUUCUCGUCUCUGUACUCAAUCUCGGAAUCAAAGGUGUUGCAUUGAGCGGGAUUUGGACCAACUUCAAUCUUGUAUCUUCGCUGAUCAUCUACGUGAUUCUUUCUGGAGCGCACAGGAAAACAUGGGGUGGGAUUUCUCUAGAGUGCUUAAGAGGGUGGAAAUCUUUAUUGAAUUUGGCAAUUCCAAGUUGCAUCUCGGUUUGCCUUGAAUGGUGGUGGUAUGAGAUCAUGAUUUUACUAUGUGGGCUGCUGUUGAAUCCAAGAGCUACCGUUGCUUCAAUGGGGAUAUUGAUUCAAACAACGGCUUUGAUAUACAUUUUCCCAUCUUCUUUAAGCUUUGGUGUUUCAACGAGAGUUGGUAAUGAACUGGGUGCCAAUAACCCACAAAAGGCAAAGCUUGCUGCUAUAAUUGGUCUGUCUUCAAGCUUCGGCUUGGGAUUUUCUGCAUUAUUUUUUGCGGUUAUGGUGAGGAAGGUUUGGGCCACCAUGUUCACAGAAGACGCAGAGAUUAUUGCAUUAACUUCAAUGGUGUUGCCGAUAAUUGGGCUUUGUGAGCUUGGAAAUUGCCCGCAGACGACAGGAUGUGGCGUACUGAGAGGAACUGCGAGGCCAAAAAUGGGCGCAAAUAUUAACUUGGGAUGUUUUUAUCUAGUGGGUAUGCCUGUAGCUGUAUGGUUAAGUUUCUAUGGUGGGUUUGAUUUUAAAGGACUUUGGCUUGGUCUAUUAGCCGCCCAAGGCUCUUGCGUUGUGACCAUGUUGUUCGUUUUGACUCGCACCGAUUGGAAAUGGCAAGCCCUCAGGGCCAAGGAGCUCACAGGAAAUGCCAAUACCGCUGAUGAUGUUGAAGACGCCGAGACACUCCAGGAUCAUAAUACACUACUACUAUCCACCUCAUCAGAUCACAAUGAUUCAUCAGCUUGAGUUUGUCACCAAUUAAUUUCAUGACCAUUCUAACAAUAUAUAUAUAUAUAUAUUUUUUAAUUUUAUGAUUUGAAUCACAUAGAACAAGUAUUCGAGUGAAAAAAAAAAUCGGAUUUAAAUUAAAAUUUUCAUUUUAUAUCUUGCCGUCUUAAUCUAGAAGCUAGCUUAAGAGAGCGGGUUUGGAUUUUUUUUUUUUAAUUUUUAUUUUUUGUUGGGUAAAAGUGGAAUUUGUGUAUUUAGUGUUAUAGUUUUGUUUGGACGAGAGUUCACUUCAUUAUGUGCCCAAUUGUGGAAGCCAGCCGUCAAUAAGGAGAUUCGAGCGUGUGCUUCACGACCACUGGGGCGUGGGAUAUGUAAUUUGACUGGUCAUCUUUUGCAACCGCCGACUCCGUAUAUGACUAUCCCUCUCGCCGAGUCACUAUUUGGAUCGGGUCGCGGGUCGGUGACCCAUUCAAUUUGUUUCCCUUAAUUCAGACCGUCUAUUUUUUACUUAAA